AUGGUGUAUAGAUAAUACAUGGUCUAUAGAUAAUCUCCUCCUCUCUUCUCCCUCGCUCUGUUCCUUCCUCCUCUCUCCAGGUAUGCUAAGAUCCACAUCCCCAUCAUAGCUUCCGUCUCGGAGCACCAGCCCACCACCUGGGUCUCCUUCUUCUUUGACCUCCACAUCCUGGUCUGUACCUUUCCUGCUGGACUCUGGUUCUGCAUCAAGAACAUCAACGACGAGAGAGUCUUCGGUAAGAUGGCAUGGCGGCCAACACACACACAAAUACGAGCACGUCUACGGUUAGAUGGCAUGGUAAUGUGUGUGUGUGUGUGUGUGUGUGUGUGUGUGUGUGUAUGCAGGUGCAUGUGUGUGUGUGGCCAUAGAAAUAUAAUUACUACAGCAAUCAUUACCAUUCAAGUCAACACACACACACACACACACACACACAGGGCUGCAUAGCCUACUCUCUAGCGAUGUGCAUCUUUCCCUUUCAAGGCGAUUCGAUACGUAUCUAGAUACAUGGGCUCUGAUACGAUACAGGAACAAUAUGUUUUAGUUUGAAACGAUUCCGUGAGAUUUGGUUUGAUUAGAGGAACGAAUCGUUGCAAUUCGGUUAGAUGCGAUAUGAUUCAAUGCACUAACAUUUGUUGCAUAAAACACAUUCAUUUUCCAUUCUAAAUUAAAAUCUGCUGCUGAUGGAGCUGAUGAGCUGGGCCACUCUGAGCUGGAUCUGUCUGAGCUGACGUGUGUGUGUGUGUGUGUGUGUGGUGUGUGUGUGUGUGUGUGUGUGUGUUUGUGUGUGAGUGAGUUUAGACAGUGCAUUUUAUAAAAAAUAACCUAGCAAAUUACAUUGGUUGUCACUCAUCUCAUAAAGUCUAAUAUUGCGCAAGCCAUUUUACAAACAUUUGAAUGCUGAAGGUGAUGAGCAGAAGUGCCAGAUCAGGAACAGGCCCACCUCUCGCACAGCACACAGUUUGACUGGGCUACUGGUGUUGCCUGGGCUUGUUCGGCACAAUGACCUGUAGAUCAAUGACUGGCAACAUAAUUACAUGCUUAGUUUGACACUGAAGGACUGAGAGGUGUUUUCAGAAGGUAGAAAGAAAGCGUGAAUCGAUUUUUUUGUAUACAUUUCUUAACGAUUCUGAAUUAAAAUGAGUAAAGCAGCCUCCGGGUGCAUGGUUUCCUGCUUGUUUAUAGCCUCGUACAGUUUAAGUGCCAGCUUAAACUCUCUCGGGAGGUAGAAGGGUCGGCAUUUGACCAUCAGGUAUUCCAAGACGGGUGAACAAUGGGUGGAGACUUCCACUGCACUAGAGUCAGAACACCAUUUGUUGUUGAUGAAGAGGCAUACCCCUCCCCCUCUUGAUUUCCCUGAAUUCAAUGUGCUGUGAAACCCAGUGUAGUGCUGACAGGGUGAUGCUAGUGACAAAAACCAAUGUAGUGCUGACAAUUACUACUGAGAAACACAAACACCAACCCCUCCAUGUCCGUCCGUCUGCAUAGUCACUUAGCGUCUACCCACUUUGAAGAUGCAAAAUAUUUUUUCUUGUGAAACAAACAAGAAAUAAGACAAAAAACAGAACUUGAUUGUGCAUAACUAUUCACCCCCCCCAAAGUCAAUACUUUGUAGAGCCACCUUUUGCAGAAAUUACAGCUGCAAGUCUCUUGGGGUUUGUCUCUAUAAGCUUGGCACAUCUAGCCACUGGGAUUUUUGCCCAUUUUUCAAGGCAAAACUGCUCCAGCUCCUUCAAGUUGGAUGGGUUCCGCUGGUGUACAGCAAUCUUUAAGUCAUACCACAGAUUCUCAAUUGGAUUGAGGUCUGGGCUUUGACUAGGCCAUUCCAAGACGUUUAAAUGUUUCCCCUUAAACUACUCAAGUGUUGCUUUAGCAGUAUGCUUAGGGUCAUUGUCCUUCUGGAAGGUGAACCUCCGUCCCAGUCUCAAAUCUCUGGAAGACUGAAACAGGUUUCCCUCAAGAAUGUCCCUGUAUUUAGCGCCAUCCAUCAUUCCUUCAAUUUCCAGUCCCUGCCGAUUAAAAACAUCCCCACAGCAUGAUGCUGCCACCACCAUGCUUCACUGUGGGGAUGGUGUUCUCGGGGUGAUGAGAGGUGUUGGGUUUGCGCCAGACAUAGCGUUUUCCUUGAUGGCCAAAAAGCUCAAUUUUAGUCUCAUCUGACCAGAGUACCUUCUUCCAUAUGUUUGGGGAGUCUCCCACAUGCCUUUUGGCGAACCCCAAACGUGUUUGGUUAUUUUUUUCUUUGAGCAAUGGCUUUUUUCUGGCCACUCUUCCGUAAAGCCCAGCUCUGUGGAGUGUACGGCUUAAAGUGGUCCUAUGGACAGAUACUCCAAUCUCCGCUGUGGAGCUUUGCAGCUCCUUCAGGGUUAUCUUUGGUCUCUUUGUUGCCUCUCUGAUUAAUGCCCUCCUUGCCUGGUCCGUGAGUUUUGGUGGGUGGCCCUCUCUUGGCAGGUUUGUUGUGUUGUCAUAUUCUUUCCAUUUUUUUAUAAUGGAUUUAAUGGUGCUCCGUGGGAUGUUCAAAGUUUCUGAUAUUUUUUUAUAACCCAACCCUGAUCUGUACUUCUCCACAACUUUGUCCCUGACCUGUUUGGAGAGCUCCUUGGUCUUCAUGGUGCCGCUUGCUUGGUGGUGCCCCUUGCUUAGUGGUGUUGCAGAUUCUGGGGCCUUUCAGAACCGGUGUAUAUAUACUGAGAUCAUGUGACAGAUCAUGUGACACUUAGAUUGCACACAGGUGGACUUUAUUUAACUAAUUAUGUGACUUCUGAAGGUAAUUGGUUGCACCAGAUCUUAUUUAGGGGCUUCAUAGCAAAGGGACCUUUCCGUUAUUUAUUUUUUUAGAAUUAUUUUGAAACAAGUUAUUUUUUUCAUUUCACUUCACCAAUUUUGACUAUUUUGUGUAUGUCCAUUACAUGAAAUCCAAAUAAAAAUCAAUUUAAAUUACAGGUUGUAAUGCAACAAAAUAGGAAAAACGCCAAGGGGGAUGAAUACUUUUGCAAGGCACUGUAUAUAAAGACACUUAAUGCCCAACUUCCAUCAACACAUCUCCUUAGCAACUAGGGGCGAUAAAGUCCUAGAACACUGUUACUCUACCCGCAAGCAAGCAUGCAAGGCCCUCCCUCGUCCCCCCUUGGGCAAGUCAGAUCAUGACUCUACUUUGUCAACCACUUUGAAAAGAAGGUUCACGACAUCCGCUACUCAUUCACUCAGCCUAUUGAGUCCACUGGUCUCACUCACACAGAACUACCCUACGCCUUGACCUCUUUCACCCCUCGCUCUCCAGAUGACAUCCUGCGACUAGUGAGGUCUGGCCGCCUGAUAACCUGCCUGCUUGAUCCCUCCUCCCUUCUCACUUCCCUCCCCUCAUCAACUCAUGCCUGACUACUGGCUGCGUCCCCUCUGACUUAAAAAUGGCCUGAGUCGCUCCCCUCCUCAAGAAACCAACACUCGACUCAUCUGACCAACUACAACUACUCAACAACUACAGACCUGUAUCCCUUCUUAAUUUUAUUUCGAAAACACUUGAGCGUGCUGUCUCUGAUCAACUCUCUCGUAGAACGAUCUUCUUGACCCUAACCAGUCAGGCUUCAAGAUGUGUCACUCAACCGAGACUGCUCUUCUCUGUGUCACGGAGGCUCUCCACACUGCCAAAGCUGACUCUCUCUCCUCUGUUCUCAUCCUCCUAGAUCUAUCCGCUGCCUUCGACACCGUGAACCAUCAGAUCCUCCUCUUCACCCUCUCAGGGCUGGGCGUCUCAGGCUCUGCGCACUUUCUUGGAUUGCAUUUUACUUGGCAGGCCGAUCCCACCAGUUGACGUGGAGAGGAUCUGUGUCUGCACCACGUACUCUCACAACCCAGGGCUCGGUUCUAGGCCCUUUCCUCUUCUCUCUAUACACCAAGUCACUUGGCGCUGUCAUAUCCUCACAUGGUCUCUCCUAUCAUUGCUAUGUGGAUGACACUCAACUACUUUUCUCCUUUUCCCCUUCUGACACCCAUGUGGCGACACGCAUAUCUGCGUGCCUGGCAAUAUAUCUCACCUUGGAUGUCGGCCCACCACUUCAAGCUCAACCACGACAAGACAGAGCUGCUCUUCCUCCCAGGGAAGGCCUGCCCGCUCAAAGACCUCUCUAUCACGGUUGACAACUCCACAGUGUCGCCCUCCCAGAGUGCAAUGAACCUUGGCGUGACCCUGGACAACACCCUGUCGUUCUCUGCAAACAUCAAAGCAGUGACUCGCUCCUGAAGGUUCCCAAGUUCUUUCAUUUCACCCCGCUCCUCUGCACACUCCACUGGCUUCCAGUUGAAGCUUGCAUCUACUACAGGACCAUGGAGCUUACCUACGGAACAAGAGGAACUGCCCCUCUCUACCUUCAGGCUAUGCUCAAACCCUACACCCCAACCCGGGCACUCCGUUCUGCCACCUCAGGUUUCUUGGCCCUCCCACCCCUACGGGAGGGCAGCUCCUGCUCUGCUCAGCCCAGUCCAAGCUCUUCUCUGUCCUGGCACCCCAAUGGUGGAACCAGCUUCCCCCUAAAACUAGGACAGCUGAGUCCCUGCCCAUCUUCCAAAACCUCUGAAACCCUACUUCUUCAAACAGUAUCUUAAAUAAUCCUCCUCCUCAAACCAAAAAAUAAAUCAAAUCCUGAACCAGCACUUGCACUUGACCCCCCCCCCCCCCCCCCCCCCCCUUCUAGCGCUGACUCUACUGAUAGCAACUUUAUUGAGGAACAUUUGUAUUUCUAUGCCUGUGAUAUGUGGUUGUCCCACCUAGCUAUCUUAAGAUGAAUGCACUAACUGUAAGUCGCUGGAUAAGAGCGUCUGCUAAAUGACUAAAAUGUAUACACCUGCUUCCUGUUUACAAACAGAAGCUCAAACAGGAAGUUCUCGUGUUGCGCUCCAUUGAGAAAUUGUCCUCCAUUUCGGAGGCUAUGCUACAAGACUGCUUUGCUAGCGCUGACUGGAAUAUGUUACGGGACUCCGCCGAUAGCAUCGAUGAACUAACCAUCUCUGUCACCAGCUUCAUUAGGAAGUGCAUCGCAAACGUUGUCCUUAAGCAGCGACGAAUUUUGGCCCAUUCCUCCUGACCGAGCUGGUGUAACUGAGUCAGGUUUGUAGGCCUCCUUGCUCGAACACGCUUUUUAAGUUCUGCCCACACAUUUUCUAUAGGAUUGAGGUCAGGGCUUUGUGAUGGCUACUCCAAUACCUUGACUUUGUUGUCCUUAAGCCAUUUUGCCACAACUUUGGAAGUAUGCUUGGGGUCAUUGUCCAUUUGGAAGACCCAUUUGCGACCAAGCUUUAACUUCCUGACUGAUGUCUUGAGAUGUUGCUUCAAUAUAUCCACAUAAUUUUCCUUCUUCAUGAUGCCAUCUAUUUUGUGAAGUGCACCAGUCCCUCCUGCAGCAAAGCACCCCCACUGCAUGAUGCUGCCACCCCCGUGCUUCACGGUUGGGAUGGUGUUCUUCGGCUUGCAAUUUACCCCAUUUUUCCUCCAAACAUAACAAUGGUCAUUAUGGCCAGACAGUUCUAUUUUUGUUUCAUCAGACCAGAGGACAUUUCUCCAAAAAGUACGAUCUUUGUCCCCAUGUGCAGUUGCAAACCGUAGUCUGGCUUUUUUAUGGCGGUUUUGGAACAGUGGCUUCUUCCUUGCUGAGCGGCCUUUCAGGUUAUGUCGAUAUAGGACUCGUUUUACUGUGGAUAUAGAUACUUUUGUACCUGUUUCCACCAGUAUUUUAACAAGGUGCUUUGCUGUUAUUCUGGGAUUCAUUUGCACUUUUCGCACCAAAUUAUGUUCAUCUCUAGGAGACAGAACGCGUCUCCUUCCUGAGCGAUAUGACGGCUGCGCGGUCCCAUGGUGUUUAUACUUGCGUACUAUUGUUUGUACAGAUGAACGUGGUACCUUCAGACGUUUGGAAAUUGCUCCCAAGGAUGAACCAGACUUGUGGAGGUCUACCAUUUUUUUUCUGAGGUCUUGACUGAUUUCUUUUGAUUUUCCCAUGAUGUCAAGCAAAGAAGCACUGAGUUUGAACGUAGGCCUUGAAAUACAUUCACAGGUACACCUCCAAUUGACUCAAAUGAUGUCAAUUAGCCUAUCAGAAGCUUCUAAAGCCAUGACAUCAUUUUCUGGAAUUUUCCAAGCUGUUUAAAGGCACAGUCAACUUAGUGAACGUAAACUUCUGACCCAAUGGAAUUGUGAUACAGUGAAUUAUAAGUGAAAUAAUCUGUCUGUAAACAAUUGUUGGAAAAAAUACUUGUGUCAUGCACAAAGUAGAUGUCCUAACCGACUUGCCAAAACUAUAGUUUGUAAACAAGAAAUUUGUGGAGUGAUUGAAAAACAAGUUUUAAUGACUCCAACCUAAGUGUAUAUAAACUUCAACUGUAUAUACUUCUAUCACUCCAGUAUCCCUGCACAUUGUAAAUAUGGUAUUGGCACUGACCCUGGAACUGUCCCUGUAUAUAGCUACUGACCCUGGAUCUGAUCCUGUAUAUAGCUACUGACCCUGGAACUGACCCUGUAUAUAGCUACUGACCCUGGAACAGUGGGGGAAAAAAGUAUUUAGUCAGCCACCAAUUGUGCAAGUUCUCCCACUUAAAAAGAUGAGAGGCCUGUAAUUUUCAUCAUAGGUACACGUCAACUAUGACAGACAAAUUGAGGAAAAAAAAUCCAGAAAAUCACAUUGUAGGAUUUUUUAUGAAUUUAUUUGCAAAUUAUGGUGGAAAAUAAGUAUUUGGUCACCUACAAACAAGCAAGAUUUCUGGCUCUCACAGACCUGUAACUUAUUCUUUAAGAUGCUCCUCUGUCUUCCACUCGUUACCUGUAUUAAUGGCACCUGUUUGAACUUGUUAUCAGUAUAAAAGACACCUGUCCACAACCUCAAACAGUCACACUCCAAACUCCACUAUGGCCAAGACCAAAGAGCUGUCAAAGGACACCAGAAACAAAAUUGUAGACCUGCACCAGGCUGGGAAGACUGAAUCUGCAAUAGGUAAGCAGCUUGGUUUGAAGAAAUCAACUGUGGGAGCAAUUAUUAGGAAAUGGAAGACAUACAAGACCACUGAUAAUCUCCCUCGAUCUGGGGCUCCACGCAAGAUCUCACCCCGUGGGGUCAAAAUGAUCACAAGAACGGUGAGCAAAAAUCCCAGAACCACACGAGGGGACCUAGUGAAUGACCUGCAGAGAGCUGGGACCAAAGUAACAAAGCCUACCUCAGUAACACACUACGCCGCCAGGGACUCAAAUCCUGCAGUGCGAGACAUGUCCCCCUGCUUAAGCCAGUACAUGUCCAGGCCCGUCUGAAGUUUGCUAGAGUGCAUUUGGAUGAUCCAGAAGAGGAUUGGGAGAAUGCCAUAUGGUCAGAUGAAACCAAAAUAGAACUUUUUGGUAAAAACUCAACUCGUUGUGUUUGGAGGACAAAGAAUGCUGAGUUGCAUCCAAAGAACACCAUACCUACUGUGAAGCAUGGGGGUGAAAACAUCAUGCUUUGGGGUUGUUUUUCUGCAAAGGGACCAGGACGACUGAUCCGUGUAAAGGAAAGAAUGAAUGGAGCCAUGUAUCGUGAGAUUUUGAGUGAAAACCUCCUUCCAUCAGCAAGGUCAUUGAAGAUGAAACGUGGCUGGGUCUUUCAGCAUGACAAUGAUCCCAAGGAGUGGCUUCGUAAGAAGCAUUUCAAGGUCCUGGAGUGGCCUAGCCAGUCUCCAGUUCUCAACCCCAUAGAAAUGUUUUUGAGGGAGUUGAAAGUCCGUGUUGCCCAGCGACAGCCCCAAAACAUCACUGCUCUAGAGGAGAUCUGCAUGGAGGAAUGGGACAAAAUACCAGCAACAGUGUGUGAAAACCUUGUGAAGACUUACAGAAAACGUUUGACCUGUGUCAUUGCCAACAAAGGGUAUAUAACAAAGUAUUGAGAAACUUUUGUUAUUGACCAAAUACUUAUUCUCCAACAUAAUUUGCAAAUAAAUUCAUAAAAAAUCCUACAAUGUGAUUUUCUGGAUUUUAUUUUCUCAUUUUGUCUGUCAUAGUUGACGUGUACCUAUGAUGAUAAUUACAGGCCUCUCUCAUCUUUUUAAGUGGGAGAACUUGCACAAUUGGUGGCUGACUAAAUACUUUUUUCCCCCACUGUAGCUACUGACCCUGGAUCUGAUCCUGUAUAUAGCUACUGACCCUGGAACUUACCCUGUAUAUAACUACUGACCCUGGAACUGUCCCUGUAUAUAGCUUCUGACACUGGAUCUGAUCCUGUAUAUAGCUACUGACCCUGGAACUGAUCCUGUAUAUAGCUACUGACCCUGGAACUUACCCUGUAUAUAACUACUGACCCUGGAACUGUCCCUGUAUAUAGCUACUGACCCUGGAACUGAUCCUGUAUAUAGCUACUGACCCUGGAUCUGAUCCUGUAUAUAACUACUGACCCUGGAACUGAUCCUGUAUAUAGCUACUGACCCUGGAACUGAUCCUGUAUAUAACUACUGACCCUGGAACUGAUCCUGUAUAUAGCUACUGACCCUGGAACUGUCCCUGUAUAUAACUACUGACCCUGGAACUGAUCCUGUAUAUAGCUACUGACCCUGGAACUGUCCCUGUAUAUAACUACUGACCCUGGAACUGUCCCUGUAUAUUUCUGACUUACUUUCUCGUAUUCUUCUUAUUUCUAUUUCUGAUUUUGUUUUACUUGACUUUUGUAUUAAUGUUUUAUAAUACUACUGAUAUUGAUUACUGCAUUGUUGGGAAAGAGCCAGCAAGAAAGGCAUUUCACUGUACUAGUGCACGUGACAAUAACAACUAGAAACUGUCUUUGCUAUACUGCAGCAGUGAGUUAAACCCUAACCCUGCUCUCUCCCUCUCCCUAGUGUGUGUGUGUGUGUGUGUGUGGUGUGUACAAAACCGAAAGUAAAAGACGCAAAAACAAAACUUAAGAACGGGAAGCAUAGAAAUAACGCACAUAGAACACAUCUAUGGCUUCUUAGACUUGCUUACAAUGAGAAUCACAGAUCUAUAACUGACAGUUCUGUGUGAAUUUGGUCUGGUCACCCAAAAAGUGACAUAAUGCAGCUUUAAUAGGAUCUCUGUGUUAACCCCUGCUCUUCCUUGUGGUUCUGUCACGCCCUGGCUCUGGGGACUCUUAUAUGUUGAGCCAGGGUGUUAGUUUCUAUGUGUAGUGUCUAUGUUUUGUUUUCUAUGUGUUCUUUUCUAGAUCGUGUAUUUCUGUGUUGGCCGGGGUGGUUCCCAAUCGGAGGCAGCUGUGUCUUGUUGUCUCUGAUUGGGAACCAUACUUAGGCAGCCUGUUGUGCACUUGUCAUUUGUGGGAUCUUGUUCCGUUUAGGUUUGUGUUGUAUGACCGAGGACUUCACGUUUCGUCGUAAUCAGUGGACCAAGGCGCAGCGUGAUAUGCGUACAUCUUUUAAUGCGUACUUUGGACACUACAACAAAACAACAAAACGAAACGUGAAGUCCUCGGUCAUACAACACAAACCUAAACGGAACAAGAUCCCACAAAUGACAAGUGCACAACAGGCUGCCUAAGUAUGGUUCCCAAUCAGAGACAACAAGACACAGCUGCCUCCGAUUGGGAACCACCCCGGCCAACACAGAAAUACACGAUCUAGAAAAGAACACAUAGAAAACAAAACAUAGACACUACACAUAGAAACUAACACCCUGGCUCAACAUAUAAGAGUCCCCAGAGCCAGGGCGUGACAGGUUCUGUAUGCUAUCAGUGCUGUCUACUUCUCAGAGAGAAUAGUGUGUUAAACCUUAACCCAAUAUGUUCAACCUUAACCCAGUAUAUUAAACCCUAACCCAAUAUGUUCAACCUUAACCCAGUGUAUUAAACCCUAACCCAAUAUGUUCAACCUUAACCCAGUGUAUUAAACCUUAACCCAAUAUAUUAAACCUUAACCCAAUAUGUUCAACCUUAACCCAGUGUAUUAAACCUUAACCCAAUAUGUUCAACCUUAACCCAGUGUAUUAAACCCUAACCCAAUAUGUUCAACCUUAACCCAGUAUAUUAAACCCUAACCCAAUAUGUUCAACCUUAACCCAGUGUAUUAAACCCUAACCCAAUAUGUUCAACCUUAACCCAGUGUAUUAAACCCUAACCCAAUAUAUUAAACCCUAACCCAAUAUGUUCAACCUUAACUCAGUGUAUUAAACCCUAACCCAAUAUGUUCAACCUUAACCCAGUGUAUUAAACCCUAACCCAAUAUGUUCAACCUUAACCCAGUGUAUUAAACCCUAACCCAAUAUGUUCAACCUUAACCCAGUGUAUUAAACCCUAACCCAAUAUGUUCAACCUUAACCCAGUGUACUAAACCCUAACCCUGCUCUCUCUCCCACUCCCUAGUGGCCCUGUAUGCCAUCAGUGCUGUCUACUUUGCUGGAGUGAUGGUCCGUCUAAUGCUGACACUGACCCCCGUAGUGUGUAUGCUGUCAGCCAUAGCCUUCUCCAGCGUGUUUGAACACUACCUAGGGGACGACAUGAAGAGGGAGAGCCCUCCCAUAGAGGAUAGUAGUGAUGAGGACGACAAGAGGAACUCUGGAAACCUCUAUGAUAAGGUAUGAGGAUCUGUUCUAAAUGGCACAUUAUUCCCUACAUAGUGCACUUCGUUGGGCAGAGCUUUAGUACACUUAAAAUCCUUAUAUACUGUAGUGCACUACGUUGCACUGCAGUAGCCAGAGCUUUGGCACCCUAUUUUAUAUGUAGUGCACCACUUUUGGACAGGGCCUAGACACCCUAUUCCCUAUUAUAUACUGAACUAAAAUAGAAACGCAACUUGCAACAAUUUCAACGAUUUUACUGAGUUACAGUUCAUAUAAGGAAAUCAGUCAACUGAAUUACAUUCACUAGGCCCUAAUCUAUGGAUUUCAUAUGACAGGGCAGGGGCGCAGGCAUGGGUGGGCCUGGGAGGGCAUAGGCCCACCCACUGGGGAGCCAGGCCCAGCCAGUCAGAAUUAGUUUUUCCCCACAAAAGGUCUUUAUUACAGACCAAAAUAAUCCUCAGUUUCAUCAGCUGUCUCGGUGGCUAGUCUCAGACGAUCCCGCAGGUGAAGAAGCUGGAUGUGGAGGUCCUGGGCUGGCGUGGUUACAGUGUGCGGUUGUGAGGCCGGUUGGACGUACUGCCAAAUUCUCUAAAACGACGUUGGAGUCCGCUUAUGGUAGAUAAAUGAACAUGCAAUUCUCUGGCAACAGGUCUCGUGAACAUUCCUGUAGUCAGCAUGCCAAUUGCACACUCCCUCAAAACUUGAGACAUCUGCGGCAUUGUAUUGUGUGACUAAACUGUACAUUUUAGAGUGGGCUUUUAUUGUCCCCAGCACAAGGUGCACCUGUGUAAUGAUCAUGCAGUUUAAUCAGCGUCUUGAUAUGGCACAGCUGUAAGGUGGAGGGAUUAUCUUGGCAAAGGAGAUAUGCUCACUAACAGGGAUGUAAACAAAUUUGUGCACAACAUUUGAGAGAAAUACGCUUUUUGUGCAUAUGUAACAUUUCUGGGAUCUUUUAUUUCUGCACUUGAAACAUGGGACCAACACUUUUACAUGUUGCGUUUAUAUUUUAGAUCAGUAUAGUCAGUGUACAGUUCAGUAUAGUCAGUAUUCAGUGUACAGUUAAGUAUAGUCAGUAUAGUUCAGUAUAGUCAGUAUUCAGUGUACAGUUCAGUAUAUUCAGUGUACAGUUCAGUAUAGUCAGUGUACACUUCAGUAUAGUCAGUAUUCAGUGUACAGUUCAGUAUAGUCAGUAUUCAGUGUACAGUUCAGUAUAGUCAGUAUACAGUUCAGUAUAGUCAGUAUUCAGUGUACAGUUCAGUAUAUUCAGUGUACAGUUAAGUAUAGUCAGUAUAGUUCAGUAUAGUCAGUAUUCAGUGUACAGUUCAGUAUAUUCAGUGUACAGUUCAGUAUAGUCAGUGUACACUUCAGUAUAGUCAGUAUUCAGUGUACAGUUCAGUAUAGUCAGUAUACAGUUCAGUAUAGUCAGUAUUCAGUGUACAGUUCAGUAUAUUCAGUGUACAGUUCAGUAUAGUCAGUAUUCAGUGUACAGUUCAGUAUAUUCAGUGUACAGUUCAGUAUAGUCAGUAUUCAGUGUACAGUUCAGUAUAGUCAGUAUUCAGUGUACAGUUCAGUAUAGUCAGUAUUCAGUGUACAGUUCAGUAUAGUCAGUAUACAGUUCAGUAUAGUCAGUAUUCAGUGUACAGUUCAGUAUAUUCAGUGUACAGUUCAGUGUACAGUUCAGUAUAGUCAGUAUUCAGUGUACAGUUCAGUGUACACUUCAGUAUUCAGUGUACACUUCAGUAUAGUACACUACUUCUGCUGGUUUAGAUUUUGUUUACUCAUUUCUCGAGACAAUUGAUGACGAUCUCAUUUUGAUAUUAGCAAGAGCUGGUGACGUUUUCCUAAUAUGAAGUAAACUGAUUCCAUAUCUGUUGAUGUCUUCCCACAAACUGAAUGUCUAUAUUUUUGGUGUCACAGCAUGAAAAGAGGGAUUUGUGGUUCUGAUAUUUGAGGAAAUGUACCAUAUUUUCAGGGGUUUUACUAACGUGUGACUAUAUCUGUGUUCCUGUCUCCCUCUGCAGGCAGGGAAGGUUCGUAAGCAUGUCUCAGAGCAGGAGAAAGCAGAGGAAGGUCUGGGACCCAACAUUAAGAGUAUCGUCACCAUGUUGAUGUUGAUGCUGCUCAUGAUGUUCGCUGUCCACUGCACCUGGGUUACAAGUAACGCCUAUUCCAGCCCUAGUGUUGUACUGGCCUCUUAUAACAACGAUGGGUAAGAUCACACGUUGACUCACUUUCUUUUGUUGAUUACUUUGCUCUGUAACUGUCGUUUCCUAAUGUCUCUCUCCUGCGAUGUUUCUCUCUCGCUGUUUCACUCUCUCACGGUUUCUCUCUUUCUCUCUCUCUCUCUCUCUUUCUCUCUCUCUCUCUCUCUCACCAAACCACAGAAGAAAAUAAGAAGAUGUAAAUAUGGUGUUUUCGGCGAUGGCAUUAUGGGAUAGCUAGGAACUUGUAAACAAUGACCCAUUCCUUAAAUCAGUUCUCUCUCCGUGUUUCUCUCCACUCUUCUCUACCCAGGUCGAGGAAUAUUCUGGAUGAUUUCCGCGAGGCCUACUAUUGGCUAAGGCAGAACACAGAGGAGCAGGCCAGAGUGAUGUCAUGGUGGGACUAUGGCUACCAGAUAGCGGGGAUGGCCAAUCGGACCACGCUAGUGGACAACAACACUUGGAACAACAGUCAUAUAGCACUGGUAAAGAGUCUUACACUAUUGUGGUGGCAGAAUUUGGAGUGAGCUGUUGUACUUCUCAAGGGAUAUGUUCUGUGUUGGACUGUGAUGUUAUGUCUUUCAUAGACUCCUGGUAUGUCUGCACCCUAACACACGGCCAUUGUGUUCUGGAACUGUUGCUUGUAUGAAAUAACUGUUGUUUAAACAAUAUGAUUAGUAUUAUCAACUCCCACUAUAUAAGGGACAUGUAACCAUUUAUUCUUUGAGUUCUUACCUGUGAAAUCAGAGAUCGAUCUCCCCUGCAGCUGCUUGGAUCGAUCUCCCAUCAAUUAUUGGAUCUUGAUCAGUCAAUUCAUGAAUCAAACAUUAUUUUUAAGUGCAUUUCGCAUUAUUCUCACAAUCAAUCAAUCAAACAGUAAAUGUAUUAAUUAAUCAAAAUGGAAUCAAUUUCACAUGGGUCUUAAAUCUCAACAUAGUUUACAGGAGGCAAGCAAAAUAAGAAUGUGCCUCUGGCGCCACCAUGUGGACAUGUGUGAGUUAUUCAUCCUCUCUCUUUCUCUUUCUCUCUCGCUCUCCCUCCCUCCUCUCUCUCUCAUUCUCUCUCUGUCUCUCUCUCUCUCUCUCUGUGUGUUCAGGUGGGCAAGGCCAUGUCGUCCAAUGAGAGUGCAGCGUAUGAGAUCAUGAGGUCUUUGGAUGUGGACUAUGUGCUUAUUAUCUUCGGAGGUGUGAUUGGCUACUCUGGUGAUGACAUCAACAAGUUCCUGUGGAUGGUGCGGAUCGCAGAGGGAGAGCAUCCCAAAGACAUCAGGGUGAGGAUGACUUUAGUGGUGAGGUGAUGCUUCCACUGUUAGCUACAGAAGGAUCGCAGAGGGAGAGCAUCCCAAAGACGUCAGGGUGAGAGACGGCAGCCUUUAAACCAUCAUGUAAAAAAAAAAAACACAAGUAUUGGUGAGCUGAAACUCCCACUGUGAGCUAUAGAAGGAUCGCAGGGUGAGGUAAACUGUGAGCUAUAGAAGGAUGGUGAGGUAAACUGUGAGCUAUAGAAGGAUUGUGAGGUAAACUGUGAGCUAUAGAAGGAUCUCAGGGUGAGGUGAGGUUAUACCAAAUACUUGGAAAGUUGGCCACUUACAUAUGAUGUGAAGUCUAUGGUUGUCUUUUUUUUCAAAAGCUUUGUCAUGAUGUUGUGCAUAAAGACUAUGUUAAGUUAAAUACGAACAAUGAAUUGGUUAAAAACAGGAUGAGUCUCUAAAGAGUUUCUGUCCUCAUUAUGAGUGUACUAAACUGUCUGUCUGUAUGUUCCCUCAGGAUGAGUGUACUAAACUGUCUGUAUGCAUGUUCCCUCCUCAGGAGAGUGACUACUUCACCCCCCAGGGAGAGUUUAGGGUGGACAAAGAGGGGUCUCCCAUCCUGCUCAACUGCCUCAUGUAUAAGAUGUCAUACUACCGCUUUGGAGAGAUGCAGGUAAGAGAUGCUCUACUCUGCCGUAUCACCCUAACCCUAACCCGGUCACAUAAUAACACUUCAUCUGUAUGUGUGCACUUACAGAUGAAUCCUAACUGGAGACCUGUGCCUGUAACUUGGACUUUGGCCUAAUGCAUGCAUUUAGUGUCACUUCACAGGGAUCUCAAGCCCUGACACAGCUGCUCUAGUUUACUUCACAGGGAUCUCAAGCCCUGACACAGCUUCUCUAGUUUACUUCACAGGGAUCUCAAGCCCUGACACAGCUCCUCUAGUUUACUUCACAGGGAUCUCAAGCCCUGACACAGCUCCUCUAGUUUACUUCACAGGGAUCCCGAGUGGUGCAGUGGUCUAAGGCACUGCAUCGCAGUGCUAGCUGUGCCACUAGAGAUCCUGGUUCGAAUCCAGGCUCUGUCGUAGCCGGCCGCGACCGGGAGACCCAUGGGGCGGCGCACAAUUGGCCCAGCGUCGUCUAGGGUAGGGGAGGGAAUGGCCGGCAGGGGAUGUAGCUCAGUUUGUAGAGCAUGGCGUUUGCAACGCCAGGGUUGUGGGUUCGAUUCCCACGGGGGGUAUGAAAAAAAUAAUGAAAAAAAGUGAUGUAUGCACAAACUGCAAGUCGCUCUGGAUAAGAGCGUCUGCUAAAUGACUUAAAUGUAAAUGUAAUCUCAAGCCCUGACACAGCUCCUCUAGUUUACAUCACAGGGAUCUCAAGCCCUGACACAGCUCCUCUAGUUUACAUAACAGGGAUCUCAAGCCCUGACACAGCUGCUCUAGUUUACUUCACAGGGAUCUCAAUCCCUGACACAGCUCCUCUAGUUUACUUCACAGGGAUCUCAAUCCCUGACACAGCUCCUCUAGUUUACUUCACAGGGAUCUCAAGCCCUGACACAGCUCCUCUAGUUUACAUCACAGGGAUCUCAAGCCCUGACACAGCUCCUCUAGUUUACUGUCAAACACUUACACCACCUGACCAUCUCUCCUCCCCCCAGUUGGACUUCCGGACGCCGCCGGGUUUCGACCGGACGCGUAACGCUGAGAUCGGUAACAAGGACAUCAAGCUGAAACACCUGGAGGAGGCGUUCACCUCAGAGCACUGGCUGGUCCGGAUCUACAAGGUCAAGAAGGAGGAGAACAGGGACCCCCUGGAGCACAGUCCCCGUAGUAGCAGCAGCAGCAGCAGCAGGCAGAAGUACACCUCUAAAAAGGUACAGGAUCAAGAUCAGGAACAAGGUCAUCCAUGCUUCUCUCUUCUCAAUUGGAGAGCGCUGGUGAAUGAUUCUGCUGUCCCUGUCCAGAAUCAUAUACCCAUGCCCCUUCAUCCUUGGCCCUGUCCAGAAUCAAUUACCCCUUCAUCCUUGCACCCUAGAUCAUGUUUAUACAUCUAAAAGAAUAGGACAUGUAUAAUAAAUUAGUCUAAAAUGCCAUCUAACCUAUCAGAGUGCUAAAUGCCUAGGGUUAGAGGUUUUUCUGGACUGAUCUAUUGUCAUCUAAAUGUUCUUUGAUUUGAUUUAUUGCAGACGGCAAAGAGGAAGCGUGGUCACGUGAAGAACAAACUUGCCCUCAAGAAAGGCAAGAAACUGAACAACAAGAAAUCAGUUUAA